AUGGUACAAACUUCAGGAUCAGGAGAGACCAACUCGAAGGAAGUAAAUGUCAUAACCAAUAGAUUUGGAAAAGUCAUAGAACCAAUCCCCAAACCUAGGGAAUGUGAGAAGGAUCCCAGCAGCGUAGAAGAGAGCACCCCUAGUGAAAAGGUAGUGAAAAAUUCCUAUAGAGUGCCCUUUCCUCAAGCCCUCAAGUCGUCCUCAAAAUCUGCUAGUCAAUACAGUGAAAUAUUAGAGCACCUCAAGCAAGUAAAAAUCAAUCUAUCUCUCUUGCACGUGAUUUUCCAGGUCCCCACAUAUACUAAAGUCCUUAAGGACUUGUGUACUAUAAAAAGGAAGUACCAUGUCAAGAAAAUCGCCUUCUUGACUAAAUACGUGAGUGUCGUAAUUGAACAAAAAGUCCCACCAAAGUAUAAGAACCCUAGUUGUCCUAUUGUUUCUUGUAUUAUAGGGAACCAUGAGAUUUUACAAGCUUUCCUCGACUUAGGGGCUAGUCUCAACAUCAUGCCUGAUGCUAUAUACUCGGUGUUAGGUCUAGGUGAGAUCAAACCUACUACAGUGGUCCUACCUUUUCUCGCUACAGCUAACGAUCUCAUCAAUUGUAGGAAUGGUUUGAUAAAGCUAUCAUUUGGGAAUAUGACCUUAGACAUCAACAUCUUUCACGUUAUGAAACAACCUAAGGAAGAUGAUGAGUGUCAUCAAACAUACAUGAUUGAUACAUUCGUUGAGGAGGAAGCACAUGAUUAUGGGACACCACCGAUGACUACUUUCAAUGAGUUUGGUGCAAUGCGCCGAAGGUUUAGUCCAUACAUUAUUCAUUGCAUUCUUUCAUAUUCAUUUUCUGCAUUACCCUUUCCAUUAAAGACUUUUGGACCUCUUAUACUUCAGCUCAUGUGA